AUGGCAGCCGCAGAUGUUCAGCAAAUGCCUGCCCAGGAGGCUGCUCAGGAGCCGGCUCCUCCCGCUCUUCCAGACUACCUUACUGAUCCCGAUGCUGUCUUGAAGGACAUAGAGGUCAGUUGGCGGUACGGCAGAGCUCCGGAUUACUCCAAGACAAGAAAGGUCUUCUCCGAGACGAAGCAAAAGUCACACGAAGCCGGCUCUCUCCCAGAGCUCGUUCAGAACCUUGUCAAGAACUGGGAGGUUGAAGCCUCUUUCAAGCCCGUAAUCUCUGACUGGCGUACCAUCGAUCACGAGAAGUACUCAUUCGCCAUCAACGGCUCGGAGCCCGAAGGCGCGGAAGCCAUGCUCAAGGUCGGCACGUACAACGCCAUCAUCGCACCGAACGAGUACUAUUCGCCUGAUUACUCCGACUUUGCUAGCAGUCACAAGACGUUCAAGCGCAUGAUGCCUACCUUUGCGUGGGAAGUUCUAGAGGUGUACAGCGGACCUCCUACCGUCAGCUUUAGGUGGCGACACUGGGGUGUUAUGAAGAAUGACUAUAUUGGUAUCAACAACAAGGGCGAGAAGGUCACGGCAAAGGCGCACGGAGGCUCAAUCGACAUUCAGGGUGUCACCGUGGCCACCGUCAACGAAAAGGUGCAGCUGCAGUCUGUGCGAACAUGGUUCGAUCCCAUGGACAUGUUCAGGCAAAUCGCACCCAACGGCGUCGUGAAGAAGGAGACGGUGGACAAAGGCAUGGCACCGGCCGACAUAGUCGACAGCACAUCAAGUGGUGCAGCAACACCCACCACGACCACGACCACCAGUGUCACCGAAGCGCUUGAGGCUAUGGGCCUCGACAAUGCUGCUGCUGCAGGCUGUCCCUUUGCUGCGGGUGCACAAAAGCAGAACGGCGAGGCCAAGCUCCCCGAAGGCCACCCUCUUAUCGAGGAGAAGAUGGAACAGGUUGUGGCCGAGUCACGUAACGAGAAGGAGACUAUCAAGACAGCGCUUGACCCUGAGCAGCAUGGCAAGUUCGACGAGGAGGUUGCCGAUCGCCCUUUCAUGCCUGGCGGCUUCCGUUGA